GGAGAAGAGGCUUCUCAAUCUGGAAGACUUUGAAAUAUAUUCUAAAAUGAAAGUCAUCACAACUAGAUGAGAUUUAGGUAAAAGAUAAAAAUAUACAAUAGUGAAAUAAACCAGGUAUUCCAGAAAUGGAUUCAGUUUCUCAGGAGCAAAUUAUAUGACGACUGGAAAACAAGGGGAACAGGGCCGCUUCUUACUAAAGGCUGCUGAAGAAGACAGGUAGGCUUGUGUGCAAACUGUUGUAGGUCUGUGUUUCAUACUAUGCACCUUAUGUUCCUGCCAGGCUAAAAAGCUAAGGAGCUAAACAUGAAAAAAUUUAGGAGAAAGCAGAUGAGGAUAUUUACUUCAGCUGUGGAGACGAGCUAAAAUUGAACUAUUGAAGAAUUGUUUUUAAUGACCAGGAUUUAAGCAUUGAGGAACAAUCAGAGUGUACUCAGGAUUUUUACCAGAAUGUGGCUGAAAGAAUGCAGACUCGUGGGAAAGUGCCUCCAGAAAGAGCUGAGAAGAUAAUGGAUCAGAUUGAGAAGUACAUCAUGACUCGCCUUUAUAAAUAUGUGUUCUGCCCAGAAACCACUGAUGACGAGAAGAAAGACCUUGCUGUUCAGAAGAGGAUCAGAGCCCUCCACUGGGUUACACCUCAGAUGCUCUGUGUCCCUGUUAAUGAAGAAAUUCCAGAAGUGUCUGACAUGGUGGUGAAAGCAAUUACAGAUAUCAUUGAAAUGGACUCGAAGCGUGUGCCUCGUGAUAAGCUGGCCUGCAUCACCAGGUGCAGCAAGCACAUCUUCAAUGCCAUCAAGAUCACCAAGAACGAGCCCGCCUCCGCGGAUGACUUCCUGCCUACUCUCAUCUAUAUCGUGCUGAAGGGCAACCCGCCGCGCCUCCAGUCCAAUAUCCAGUAUAUCACCCGCUUCUGCAACCCGAGCCGACUGAUGACUGGAGAGGAUGGCUACUACUUCACCAACCUGUGCUGUGCCGUGGCUUUCAUUGAGAAAUUAGAUGCCCAGUCUUUGAAUUUGAGUCAGGAGGAUUUUGACCGCUACAUGUCUGGCCAGACCUCUCCCAGGAAGCAAGAAUCUGAGAAUUGGUCUCCUGAUGUUUGUUUAGGUGUUAAGCAAAUGUAUAAGAACUUGGAUCUCCUGUCUCAAUUGAAUGAGAGACAGGAAAGGAUCAUGAAUGAGGCCAAGAAACUUGAAAAGGACCUAAUUGAUUGGACGGAUGGAAUUGCAAAAGAGGUUCAAGACAUUGUUGAGAAAUAUCCACUUGAAAUUAAGCCUCCAAAUCAGUCAUUAGCAGCUAUUGACUCUGAAAAUGUUGAAAAUGACAAACUUCCUCCACCAUUGCAACCUCAAGUUUAUGCAGGAUGAUAAAAAUUGACACAGAUAGUAUUUAUUUGGGCCUAAAUUGUAGGUAGCCCUUACCACAGUCCCUUGAUUGGGAUGUAGAAUAUAACUUAAUUGCUUGUAAAGGUCAGAAUGUUGUUAAAGGUACAGUUUGUGGGGGUUUUGUUUUGUUUUUUUCUUGGCAGGGCAAGCUUAGUAAAUAAUAAGCUACUAUUUAUUUGAGUUGCUGAGAUAGAUUCAUUUAAGGCUUGUGUGAAAAUUUUGUCUAAAUCUUUUUUUUCCUCCAUGAUUUUCCUAUGCACUUCCUUUGUGGCAUUCACUGUGGUUUGGUUUUGGGUAAAUAAUUGCCUUUUAAAGGAUAAAACAAAUGAAUGUUACAAAGUGUGUAUUUGAAGGAAUUCAAUGGUACCACUGUUCCACAGUUUGAAAUAAUUUUAUAAUUGUAAAGACAGAAGAUAUAUUGAUAAGUAAAUAUGUAAAAUUGUAAAUACGUUAAAAAAAAUGGUGUCUGCUGUGCAUGGCAUUUCAUGUAUUCAUUUUUUUUUUUAGUUUAAAAUGAAAUAUAUUGAAUGUUUGUCCUUAGCACCAUUUUAUUUGGUUUACCCUACUAAAAUGAAUCCAGAAGUGUUUAGACUUACUCCCUUAAAAUGUGGACUCCAUCAUAACAGUAUGUUAGCCCUAACUUUGAGAUCCUGUACAGUCAGAGACUGUGACACCAUUAAGGUUCAGGAUAAGUUUUUGGUCAUGUAAAGUUGCUGUUCUCAGUGUAGUCAUUUGAAGACUUUGAACCAUAUUUCUAGCAUCUUUUUUCUACAUUCAUUCAGCAAUUCUUUAUUGCGUUCUUUGAUGUAAAGGAGCUGGCUCUGGGUGUGGGGUGGAAGAUGGCAGUAGGGUGCUCUGCUGGUGAGAGUUGAUGGUGUUCGCUCAGAGCUGUAGAGUACAGGGAUACCUUGCAGCCUCCAAUGUGAACUUUUGACUUUUUGGGCAACCCAGACACAUGUCAUAUAAACCUCUUUCAGGGUUUGUUUGUUUUUUGGUGGCUGGCCAGUACAGGGAUCCGAACCCUCAACCUUGGUGUUAUAACACUGUGCUCUAACGGAGCUAACCGACCAGCCCUCCUUUUUAGAGUUUCUUACCCUCAGUACUGUUGACAUUUGUGCCCUGAGAAAUUCUUGUGGUGGCGGCUGUCCUGUGUACUGUAAGGUGCUUACAGCAUCCCUGCCCUCUACCUGAUGCCAGUAGCAGCCCCCACAGUUGUGAAAAAUUGUCUCCAGACAUUGCCAAAUGUCUCCUGGGGGCGAAAUUGCCCCCAGUUAAGAACCACUGAUCUCUUUGGUUAGUGAGAUAAUGAUCCUCCUGGUAGUUAAUAUGAUGUAACCAAAGAACAUGGCAUCAAAUGCACAGUUACAGUGUUAAACUGGUACCUCAUUCAGUGAGGCCCUACAGCUACCUGCAGUGUGGAAACUUUUCUAAUGCUAAUAGAGCCUUCAUAACCUAAAUAUACCACUGAUGAUGCUUCUUCCAGUCAGGGACCUCUGCAGGUGAUCAGUGUACGUGUGAAGUGGUAACUCCCCAGGCACCGUUCUUGAACAGACCACAUCACACAAGCAGUUUGAAAGGUUCUCUGGCUUUCCCAUGAUCUUCCUAAGAAUGUGCGUGUACCACAAAAUUGUAGAGUAGUAAUUUUGGAAUAAAACUAGGGUAGUUAUAAAACUUUUUAUGCUUUAUUUAAAUUUACAUAUAAAAUCUAUCAAGUAUGGCACAUCUAAUGUCAUAAAGCACCUAAGACAUGAAGCAGUUAGCCAAGUCAGCUGGUCACCAAGUGCACAUGGGAGGUGAUGAGUUACUGUCACAUGCCAGGAAGAAUUUUCUUGUAGAACAACCUUGGCCCAAAUGAUUUUAGUAGAAAGCUUCCCCUUUUUUGUGUGUACUUUCUAGGUGCUAAAUCAGGUAUGCAUAGUCUUAAUUCUAGAAAUAUGCAGCUCUUUUAGUUGUUGUACAUUAUAUUUGUUAAAUAAUAUGUGCAUGUCAGCCUCCCUCAAAAGCUGGCUUCUUUGGAUUUCUUACAUAUUUUUAAAGUAAGUUGUUGUGUUGAUUUUUUGUAGAUAGCUCAUAUUGGUCUAAUUCUUCAGAUAUGGACUCUUGCCUUAUGUAGAGGCUUAUAUUUCUCUUAAGUCAGCAUCAACACAAUGGCCAGAGUUUCUGUUUUCUCAAAAGAAAGUGUUAAUAUUUUAUGGAUUAUAAAUGUUAUUGGAAUAAAGCUUUGGAACAGAAGUUCAUAUUA